UUAGCGCAGUCUUGCUUUGUAAUAGGCGUGUGUGAACUGUAUGUGCGCCAGGGGGCUUACCAAUACGAUUAAUGAAGAAAAUUAACGAGAAACGCUAAAGAAACGGUCCGAUUUUCUGUUUCGUCUGUGUUUUUAUACAAGCCAGCUUCGAGUCUGCGAGGGAUCAGCGUCCGACACGAGCACAAAGGAACAUUUAAAGGAAAACAAAGGUGAAUUGUGGAUUGUCCUGAAGCACUUUAUCAGAAACUUGAUUCACCGUGAUCACCUGACUGAAGCUUUGCUGUCACAUUGGAUCUUCUUUUGAGCUAAACGAAGACAUUUAGUUUUUGGAGGUGUUCCCUUGUGAGUGAAAAACAGGACCGUAUAUAGCCUGACUCCCCUACUGGCCGUCUGCUGAAAAGACAACAGUGGUGUUUGGUCCACUCUGGGUCAUGUGUGGCUGACUUCUAUGCUCUUGCUGAAAUGAGGUUGGUGGUUUUGGGGUCGCGGCCCCUCUUGGCCUUGACCCUCACAUUCACCUUUACCUGCCUAACUCAUCUGUGCCAUGGUGCCACACCCUUUCCUCAGGACCUGGAGCCCAUCAGCACCAUUGGAAGUGAACACACCUACCUGUACCCCAGUUACCAGGGGAAUAUGUCCGAUAAUGACACUGCCAGGCUGGGGCUGGAUUUUCAGAGGAUGCUGCGGAUUAACCACAUGCUCUACAUUGCUGCCAGAGAUCAUGUUUUUGCCAUUAACCUCAGCGCUUCUGCGGAGCGUCUCAUCCCCCAACAGAAACUGACAUGGAAGACAAAGGAUGUGGAGAAAUGCACAGUCAGGGGGAAAAACAGCGAUGAGUGUUACAACUACAUCAAAGUCCUGGUGCCACGUAACGACGAAACUCUCUUUGCGUGUGGAACCAAUGCUUUCAAUCCCACCUGUCGCAACUACAAGAUGUCAUCUCUGGAGCAGGACGGAGAGGAGGUGAUCGGUCAGGCCCGAUGCCCUUUCGAAUCACGCCAAUCCAAUGUUGGCUUGUUUGCCGGCGGUGACUUUUAUUCAGCCACAAUGACGGAUUUUCUGGCAAGUGACGCUGUGAUUUAUCGAAGCUUAGGAGAAAGCAGUCCUGUCCUGCGCACUGUAAAAUAUGACUCCAAAUGGUUACGAGAGCCUCAUUUCCUGCAUGCUAUAGAGUAUGGGAACUACGUGUACUUCUUCCUCAGUGAGAUCGCAGUAGAGUACACUACCCUUGGCAAGGUGGUGUUCUCCAGAGUCGCUCGCGUGUGCAAGAAUGAUAACGGUGGUUCUCCGCGGGUUUUAGAGCGCUACUGGACUUCAUUUCUGAAGGCCCGGUUAAACUGUUCUGUUCCUGGCGAUUCGUUCUUCUACUUCGAUGUUCUUCAGUCGCUAACCAACGUCAUUCAGAUCAACCACAGACCUGCUGUGCUGGGAGUCUUCACUACGCAAGCCAACAGCAUCACCGGUUCUGCCGUGUGUGCGUUCUACAUGGAUGACAUCGAGAAAGUGUUUAAUGGGAAAUUUAAGGAGCAGCGAAACAGCGAGUCGGCCUGGACGCCAGUCCCUGAUGAGAUGGUCCCCAAACCCAGGCCGGGAUCCUGUGCUGGUGAUGGCCCUGCUGCUGGCUAUAAGUCCUCUACAAAUUUCCCAGAUGAGACUCUUACAUUUAUUAAGUCUUACCCACUAAUGGAUGAAGCCGUACCCUCGGUCAACAACCGACCCUGCUUCACACGAACCACCAGCAGGUUUAAGCUGACCCAGAUCGCAGUGGACACGGCAGCCGGGCCUUACAAAAACUACACAGUUCUGUUUCUAGGCUCGGAAAACGGGCGAGUUUUGAAGAUCCUUGCCAGCACACACCCGAACUCCACAUACAGCACCCAAGUUUUAGAGGACAUAGAUGUGUACAACCCCAGCAAGUGUAAUGUUCAAGGUGAGGAUCGGAAGAUUCUAGGUUUGGAGUUGGACAAGGACCAUCAUGCCCUCUUCGUAGCCUUCUCAAGCUGUGUAAUCCGUGUUCCCCUCAGUCGCUGUUCGGAUUACGGCGCUUGCAAAACGAGCUGUUUGUCCUCGCGAGACCCAUACUGCAUCUGGUUGAGUGCGGGGAAUUGUGCCACCGUGGCGCCUGGAUUCAAGUCUGGAUUUGAACAGUAUGUUGAGAGUGGAUAUCUUCAAUACCCAGACAGCUGUCAUGAUGUCUUGGCCACAACCCGCAAACAAAACCCCGCCGUGGACUCUGCAUAUGGAAAGACCUCACCCACAAGCGCUACCCCAACCAGUCAGGGGCCAGCUGUGCCUAAAGUCAAAGGUGUCCCUGAAACAGGUACCCACCCUGAGGAGGGGAGUCGGGGAGGGCAGGGUUCUCCUGACUUGGAGCCAAUCAGUGUGGAGAUGGAGGGAGUACGCCGACCCCCUGAGGUAGAUAAGUCCAAUCACAGUGUUCACUACACUUUGCUGAUUGCAUGUGUACUAGUGGCGUUUGUCCUUGGUGCUUUCCUCUCUGGAUUCCUUGUCUCCUGUUAUUGCAACCACAAUGUUAACAAGACCAAAAGGCUGUCGAAAGACCCAGAGGCACCAAUCCCCCACGCUCUAUCCCUGCGCAGCCUGGCCAAGCUAAACGGCUUGCUGGAGAGUCAAAAUAAGGAUGAGAAACUGGACGUGUCUUCACCCAAACUCUACAACUCUUUCUUCAGCAAUGGCAAAGAGCAAGCACAUCGGAGGAACGGCCACCACUCUGGCAUGACGGACCUCAUACAUCCACAUCAUCAUCAUUCCACAGAGCUCACCGGCCUGCCGACGCCCGAUUCCACACCGGAGCUUCCCAUCAAGAGCAUGAAGGCUUUCAAGAACCAGUGGGAGAAGAAUCAAAACUGCAAUAAUGCAAAAGAACCCAAAUCUCAUAACAUGGGUGCAUCUCGACCGACCUCCGCUAUCCAGCAUCAGAUGUUUCCUUUCUCCCAAGGACUCAGCAACGGACAGGUACUGGGUGGCUCGGCGCACCUCGAUGAACGCAAAGUCCACAAUGCCGAACGUGUCGUAAAUCAACCCUAUCACUGUUACCCGCACAAGAUCGUGGACGUCACCUCCCUCGACGAACUUCUGAAACACAUCCACGAAAUCAACGUUGCUACUGGUAAAAGUCCCACUGUCCUUACUUCCUCCAUGUCAGCCCAUGGCGGUCAAAUGGCGUUCGCGAACCGCAUACAGCCGCACAUCCCAGAAACGGAGUCUGCGCCUUACUACAGCUCCUCCACUCUUCCUCGGGACAGUCUCACUCGUCGGAUGGACGUCCCUCCCGAAAUUCCUCCCCAUCAUCAUCAGUCCACGCUGGAGAGAGCUGCCCGUCACUCAUCCCAGCGUCACUCACUAAUAACCACCCCCAAGAUGCCCAGCGGGGGCGUGGUGCCACGACAACACAGCUUCAACCAGCGCAGCUCCCAUCAGCCCCUCCUGCUAUCCCGAAUGAACUCCGGCGGCAGCAGUACGGGUUGUGACGUACGACAUCCGCUCAUCCCUAACGGAUAUCUAGCGCGCCAGCACAGCUACAGCGAGCAGCCGGAUAUUCACCGUGGAGCUAUCGUCCGCCGGACAGCCUCGCUUAAGCCCGACGUCCCGCCCAAACCGCUGUUCAUCCCUGCCAGCUCGCCCGUCAACCAGGCAGGGAAUUUCAACUACUGAAUGAUGGAAAAGCCUGUGGUUUUUCGUGAACGGUUCUCAACCUCUCAGAACUAAAUGUGUGAGGAUUAAAAGAUGAACUGCCUUUAUCAGGGACAGAACCUCUGAAGAUUGACUGCCAGUGUUGUCGACUUUACAUUAGAACUAUGACCUCUUUUUUUUGUUUCAUAAAUAUAUUUGUACCAUAUUGGUAUUGCUCAGCUAUUGGCCAAUAGGAGGGGAGGAGUUGCAAGAGUCCACACCCACCUAAAUUUAGCCUGACACAGUGAUAAGUGUGUGGCUUUACGGUGUCCCUUUGGAUUGUCUAGACGGGCACUACAAAUCCUAAGUUCCGGACCUGAUCGUUUAUCCGAACAAGCGUACACACACCUUUGAUACUCUAAAAUCUUUCUUGCUUUGGUUCAACUAUUCUGUUUGUGUAGAGUUGAUGAACUGUGCUGAUCCCAAGUAGGAACAUGUAUAUAUGCAUGCAUGUGUGUGCGCGCGUGCGUGUGUGCGUGUUCAUAACUGCACAGAAUAUGUGAACAUAUACAUGCCCAGUGUAUGUGUUUAGAAUAUCGAAAUGGUUUAGCCCCUCAGAAAGUUUCUUUACCUUGUUUUUGAAGCAGAUGUGCCCAUACAACCAAUGAAGAGUUCUCUGUAAAAUCCAUAAGCAAUAAUCUCAACCUCAUUCUCUCCACUCCAGCGUAAUUCAACUAGAAGAAUUCAACUCAAUAAAAGUUAAAGUGUAGCUAUAGAAAAAGUUUCAUCAAAAUGCUCAGUCGCCAAUGAGGUGAAUCAAUCUUACUGUCAUGAAGGAGAAGUGUGUACUGUAUACACCCAAGAGGAAUGUAUUCUUUGUCUUUUGGUUUAAGGGUGCUUCAGUAUUUAUCCUCGAAUCUCUGGUAUGAUAAAGUUUUUAACCUGAAAAUGAAUCUAAAACCAGGUGUGACACAGUAAAGAAACAAGCGAUAAUAGUUCAGUAUUUGUCCUAACCAGCAGGUUUCUGGGAUGAUGAUGCGCAAAGGGGAGCCCCUCCCACAUUGGUCCAAUUCACAGCUAUCAUAUAUGUUUUGAUUGGCUGUGAUAGAUUGCAAACAGACAAAUUGCUUGUUUUUAAGAACGCGUUUCGUCUGGCUAAGAUGCCAUAAAAAUUCAGAGCAAAUUAUUUUCUAUUGAGUUAUUCCUAUACUAUGUGUUACAAACAUUGUAUCAAUAUUAACACUACACCUGUUUUGUGUAAAUAGAUAUAAAAAUAACUAGCCAAAUUUGAAUUGUUUGUGUAAAUUUGUGCCUUAUUUAAUAUGAUGUGUUGGGGGGUUGGCGGCGGAUCGGGAUAGGAAAGAACAGGGCAGAGGAGCCGUCAUUAUAUUUUUAUUUUUAAUAUUAGUAUUUUUUUUUUAUUUUGGUUGUCUGUAUGUGUCAUAGCUAUUGUAGAUAUAUAUUUCUAAAUACUUUUGAUAUCCCCAGGCUGUGUGAGGCUUUUGCAUUUAGAUCAGCAUCUAUUUUCUUUCCGUCUUUCAAAUGCGUUUAAACUCCUGCCCUCACAGAACUGGGUUUUUCCGAAAUUGUAUAACAUAAGAUACGUAAACUUCUUCACUCCAGCGUAUCUUAAUAUCUUUUGUUUAAUAGCGGGAGGAAGACUUCUUAAGCUUUGCUUUUUGUUGGAGAAGAGAUGUGUGUGAGUGAUCGAGUGAGUGAGUGAGUGUCUGUGUGUGAUCCAUAAGGAGACGGCAUCAGUCGUCUUUAGUUCAAACACAUACCUCCCUUUCCUUUUCCCCAAAUACUUCCUCUGCUCCAAAUCAUCUUCUUCUUCAGUCUGUCUAAGACUCUAUGAUGCGUCAGCUUUUGCAUAAAUUUUUGGUGCUGGUCUGAAACCGUUUUAUCAUGUACACUCGAAUGAACUUUUCAAAUUGGCUGCCUGUAACAGUGUCCUGUCGCUCCUUACAAAACCAAAUGCAACAUUGCAUUUUAAAGAACUGCUACUACAUCAUAUGCAUCAUCACAGAUGGAAAACGGACUGAGUGUUGAACGUCUGCUCCGCCCUCUGCUGCAAACUGGAGUGAAAGACUGGAGCAGGAUGUACUGGAGUAGUUUUUUUAUUUUUAUUUCUAUAGGUAUUUUGAUGGAAAGGGAACUGCGCGUGUCUGUUUUACCUGCUUUAACCAUUGAGGUUUCUGUUAUUGCACAGUGUAAAUACAGUCCUGGAGUUUCACAGGAUUCAGUGCUCUGUUAUUAUUGGGCAAAACCCCAUGGAUUCUCCACCCCUGCUUUUAUGGAAUACUGUUGUAUUUUCCUUAUAACAGAAAUAAAUGAGAGAUCAUAACAUGCA